GUCUUGCCGAGGACUUCUCAUUGCUUUCCCCACAUGAUGAUUGGGAUGUGCUUGGGGACCUUGGCAAAGAAGGUGCCAGCUGAGAACGCAGGUGAUCAUGCUGAGGGUGGUAACGUCGAGAGUUGUGCGGGUGAUGAGAUGGCCGCCAAGGGGAAGUCUGCGGUUGAGUCUUCUUCCGAGGAGUUUCCUUUCUCGCUAAUGCCUGAAGGUGAAGAUGCCAUUUUGGCUUGGCUAAAUAAGAAGAACCUGAUGUUCGUCCCUAUCCCUGCCCCCGUAGUUGCUGGUAAGAAGAAUUCCGACGCUUAUACUCGUCGAAUGAUGCAACUGUCUUCGGAAGCCCGCGUUGCUGAGAUGUGGGAGAAGGAUCUUAGAGCGUCGGAAGCUAAUUUAGUGGUUGACCCUCCCGCAUCCGUUGCUGAUAUGAUGGCCAUAGCUGAUGGGUACCAGUACGGUUUUCCCCAGCAACGUGUUUUAGAGAUGAUGAGGAGCGAACAUUGUAACCAUGUUCUAUACCAAUUCUUUAAGGCCAAGUUUCUAAAGUUGGAGGCCAAGCUUCGUCAUAGGGAAGAAGAACUGUCUGCAGCUGAAGCGGAAAUAAAUGAACUGAGGGGCCGUUUGAAAGAAAAAGAAGAGUUGGGUAAGGGUGAGGAGGGUCUUCGUUCAGAACUUGCUAUAGUCCGCAACGAAUUGGAGCAGACUCGUAGAAGCGUCUCGUCCUUCACAGCACUCGAGGGACAGCUUCACGCAGCAAAUGAUGAGCUUAAAAAGACUCAAUCUGCCUUAGUGCAGCAGGAAGGACAAACCAACCAUUUCAAAGGGUUGUCCGCGUCUCGUGAGGAAGCCGCGGAGAUUGCCUCCAAAGAGGCGGAACGCCUGUCUGUAUUGCUGUCUCAAGCCCACCAGCGAACCGCUGUUAUCACUUAUAAGGCUCGAUGUCAGUUGGCUGAGGAGACCAACAAAGUCCUGGAUAAGAUUGAACUUGGCCUUAAAGUCGAACAUGGAUUUGUCAAGAACUAUCCGCGUCGUCCCCUCCCCGUGCCUUUGCCUAGUUCUUCUGGGCCUUCUUCUGGUGGUAGCGUACCCUCGUCUCGCAGAGACAACCCCGUUGAUGGAUCUGUGUCGUCCAAGUAGAUUUCUUUUACUAGUCAUAGGAAGUUGAUCCUCGUUGAUUAUAUAAUUUCGGAUCAUUUUUUGAUUUGUUUCCUGUUUUUCUUUAUUUGCCGAGUCUUGUAACCAACUCUUUAUGAAAUGGA